AUGGAUCAUCAUCAAGUAGCAUUCCCUUGUCAUCUCCUUCAAUUUUUGGAGAGCAACCUCCUUUCGAGCCUCAAAUUGUUAGAGGAGUCGAGUCUGAAAGAGUCUAUUGUGAUCAAGAAGUGGAUACUAAUUCUCUUGAACGCAUUCACGAUAGAUGGGUUUAAAAAUUGGAAGCAAGUUGGUGGGGAUAAAUGUGCUUUCCUUGCUCAUAGUGGUGCAAUCACGGAAGAUGUGAGAAAAAAUCGGUUGAGACUUACAACCACAAUAGAGGCUAUUAGGUAUCUUGCAAAUCAAGGGAUGGCUUUUAGAGAUGUUGAAAAAGUCGUCUUAGAGAAAGCUCCUGGAAAUGCUAAGUAUAUUGCACCAAUGAUACAAAAGGAGAUCCUACAUAUUUUUGCCAACAAAGUGAGGAAGAAGAUUCGUGAAGAAGUUGGGGAGGAUGGAAAAUUUUGUAUUCUUGUUGAUGAAGCACUUGAUGAAUCUCAAAGGGAACAAAUGGCUAUUAUUCUAAGAUUUGUUGGUCAUGAUGGAUUUAUUUGUGAACGGUUUUUUGAUAUUGUAAGUGUUCAUGACACUAAUUCAUCUACUCUUAAAACCGAGAUUUGUAAAGUGUUUGGUAGACAUAAUCUUCUAGUUAAAAAUAUGUGUGGGCAAGGAUAUGAUGGGGCUAGCAAUAUGCAUGGUCAAUGGAGUGGCUUACAAGCAUUGUUUCUUAAUGAUUAUCCAUAUGCAUAUUAUAUACAUUACUUUGCCCAUCGUCUCCAACUAGCUUUAAAUGCUGCAGCUAAAGAUGUGGGAGUCAUUUGGAGAUUCUUUUCAAUGUUGAAUAACAUUGUGAAUUUUGUUAGUUCUUCCGCCAAGCGUCAUUCUGAGUUGAAAUUGACUAGAAAAGUUGAAAUUCAAGAGUUGUUAGAUGCUGGAAAACUUGGAACAGGUAGAGGGGUUAAUCAAAUUCAUUGUUUGCAACGACCUGGAACUACUCGUUGGGGCUCUCAUAUUAGUUCUAUUAGGAGUUCGAUUAAUUUAUUUGGUGCAACCAAGAUACUUCUUGACGAAAUAGGUCAUAAUGGACCUAGCUCACAAUUUCAUGGGGAAGCUGAGAGUAUUUUAUAUUUAUAUGAUGUCAUUUGA